AGCGGUUUUUUCGUCAGUUCGGCUCAGAGAGCGGAGCAGUGAGGUGUGUGUUGUGCGCUGCAUUAUGUCGUCGGAGUCCGAAAGUUCGUUGCCGGUCGAAAGUGAAGCGUUGCCGGUAGACAACAAACACAUAAUUAAUGAAGUGGCAAAAAGACCAGCUCUGUACGAUAAAACUAUAAAACAAUACAGUGACAGAAAUGUGAAAGCCAAACUUUGGCUAGAGGUGUAUCAAAAUGUAUGCCGUGAUUGGCAUAUUUUGACGGACACAGAGAGAAAAUAUAGAGGAAACACUAUACAAAAAAAAUGGAAGAAUAUGAAGGACUCUUUCGCAAAAGAAUUGGCCGCCCAAGAAGGCAAAUCAGGACAAGCAGCGCCAGCAAAAAAAAAGAAAUAUGUACAUUUUGAUUCCAUGCUAUUUCUCAUUCCAUCUAUGAAAAAAAGAGAGACAACUAGCAAUGUAUCUUCGCCAACUCCUACUCAGCAUAGUGAAGCGAUCCUGUCGACAGCAUCGACACCGGCAAACAACAGCAAGGAACAUUUACAGUCUGCUAAUAACUCCACUGAUUACGAGCAACAAUUACUUGAUAUACUACGCGGAAAAAAUGAUGAUGAUGAAGAAAAAAUUUUUGCCUUAAUGUUAGUACCUAUGUUACGUAAACUGAAUGAUGACCAAAAGCAUUAUGCAAAAGUGGAAAUCCUUAAUGUUUUAAAGAAAGCCAAAACACUGUCUACGAUGCAGUCUCCUCAAUACAAGCCCCUCUCCACAUUCAUCAUCUCUGGAUUUGAUUCGCUCGCCAGCUCCACAGACCACGCCGCAACCAUCCCCAUCACCACAACAAGAGACAACUAUUUCUAA